AACAAUUAACACAUCCAGCAAUAUACAUCGCCUGUUAUGGAUACGUCGUGGAAGCAUCAAUAUAAGGAAUCUAUGUUUUAAUAAAUACAACCCAUCAGCUGGAUUAACAUAAAAUACACAUCCUGCGAAAAUGGCAAACAGAAAACCAAUAUCAGUAAAUCUAAGAGAUUUGCAAAGAAUACUGAACGAAGGGAAACCUGAAAUGCCAAGGUUCUCAAGCGGGGUAGCAGGUAACAAUGAAGAAGAUGAUGAACGACAACAAAAUGCAUCAUUCGGACCAACAAGAAAUAAAUCAGGCAGUACAAGAUGGGCUAAUGAAGCCGUAGAAGAUGAUUUCGAUCCCAUGGGAAGUAAGGAGACACCCAAUGAUAAACCUGAACCGGAUUUCAGCACAGUAAGAAACACAGAUAACGAGUUUGCAAGGAGCGAUUCUAAGGGAAGAUCGGGUAGCCGGAAUUCCAGACAGGAAGAACAUGAAAGGAAACCAGAAGAUGAUGUAUGGAGAAAUACAAAUGCAAUAACCAUACAAGAAGAUUCAGCAGAAGAUGAUUUCUGGAGAAGACCAAGUAGCAACAUCAGCAGCGAUAAAUCAAGACGUGACGAUUGGACCGCGAAGGAAGAUGACGAUAUGUUCAAUAGAGCGACACUACAAAGGGAAAAUAGCGGGAAGAAACUGUAUGUGCCACCCUCAAGGAAAUUUGAUAACGCAUUUGGAAGUGAUAACUCAUCAGAACCAACAACAUCCAGAUUCAGCUGCCUAGAUACAGGAUACGAUAUGAGGAGCACAGGAUCAAGUAACUACGAGUCGUCAAGAGCUAAGGAAGUGUUCUCCAUGCAAAGAAGAGAUUCAGAUUCCAAAGAUUAUGGAAGCCAUUAUAGUAACGACGCAUUCAAGGAUCUCAAUAGGGAAAAUUCGAGAUCCUCGAUAUUCAAAGAACAACAUAAACCUGGAGCUUACGUACCAAUAAAUAGACGUACUCAGGCACAAACAACAACAAUUACACCCAGGAAUUCAACUGUACAUGAUAUAUUCCUCAAAGCAGCGAAGAUCACAGAAAGUAGACCUGCCGAAGAUAAAAAGAAAGUGGAAGCUGUAAAGGAUGUGCAACAAAAGCCAUUGUCACAAGCUGAACUACUGGUACAACAAAAAAGACAGGCCAUAUUACGCCAUAAUCGCAUGUAUGAAUUCAAGAUGGAAACUAUCCAACAAGUGGAAACAUCAGUCAAAAAUAUAAUACAAGGAGUUGAUGUUGAUCUUGACACUAUAGUACCAGAAGAUGAAGAGGAGUUGGUACCAGCAGUGGUGGCAUGCCUAGUAACAGCCAAGGCAUGUGAAGAAUGUAAUAACAUGGAACAAGUAAAGAAUAUGUUCAACAAAGUUGCACCACUUCUUUCCAUACUCAGAGAAAGAAGUGAGCAUGACAUCACAGGACCGCUGCUUACAGAAAUGGCCAAAAUCAUAUGUGAAUGGAAAUUACCAGCAAUUUCAACGUCAGUCUACCUAAUAGAAGCAGUGUUUGACGCACUGGUGCAAACGAAAGUAGUGACAACAGAUACAGCAAUACAGUGGAUAGAAGAUGUGCCAAGCGAAGUACCAGACAGAAUCAAUGUAAUACUACAGCUGCUAACAUGGAAAAAAUGGAUAAAGGGAGAGUCUAUAGAAAAAACAGAAGCAACACAAGAAGCAGAGUCUGAAGAUGAAGAGGAGGAGGAAGAAGAAGAAGACAUUGAUAUAGAAGCAUUGGUACCAAAACCUGUGAGAAUCAGUAAACCAAUGAUGUAUUGAAAUUGAGACA